AUGAUGAGGAGCGAGCAUAUGCACCUGGCGACCCGCGUGGCAUCCCUGGUGGGUGUAUGCUUGAUGAUGUUUACUCUGGGCUACAUAGGCUCACAAGGCAAUAUCUCACCGUACAUCAUAUCCUACCUGCACAAGUACGUGGAUCCAUCAAUACACAAUAGUCAUGCUGUGUGGAUUGCUGCGGCCUCUUUAUCCUCUCAAGGCGUGCUCAUGCCUCUCUCGGGACUGUUGAUUCACAAACUCGGUUUUCGCCUUAUCCUCUUCGUCAGUUUUCUCCUGUUCAGCACCCCCAGUCUCCGAGUGCUACCCGAACCAUCGUUACAGAAACCACGGGAUGAGGUCGUGCAUGGCGAUUCAACAUUUUCUGCCACUGCCUCUGAAUUAAGACCAACCUCCGGUCAUCUUGCCAUUCAAGCAAGCUUUGUGCUGCAGAUGAGAGUGUCGUAG